CCAACCCCUGCAGGUCUCUUCGCCUGCUCCUCCCACCUCGCGGCGGCCUCCUCCUUUUGCUCCCCCCUCUCCGCCUUCGGAGAACUGUCUCCAGCCGCCAUGGCGGUGGGGGCGCAGCAGCCGAGCAUAGUGCUCACAGAGCUGGAGCAGCGGAUUUUCGGGCGCCUUCUCGAUGUUGUCCACCACCGAGGCCUCGGCACCCAGCUCCGCGUCGCCGGCGGAUGGGUCAGAGACAAGCUAUUGGGGAAAGACUCUACCGACAUCGACAUCGCGCUUGAUGAUAACAUGACCGGCGUAAAAUUUUGUGGGGAAAUAACUAAGUACUACAAGGUGAUCGGUCAGGAGCUGGAAGAACCUUGUAUUAUCCCAUGCAAUCCUGGCCAAUCUAAGCACUUGGAAACCGCAAGGAUAUGUCUAUCUGACAUCUCUAAAAUCUCGAUUGAUUUUGUCAACUUGAGGACCGAAAAAUAUGCUGAAAACAGUCGUAUUCCCACUGUGGAGGAUGGUACGCCUGAAGAAGAUGCAUUCCGCAGGGACCUGACAAUUAAUAGUUUAUUCUAUAAUAUCAACACGAAAUCGGUGGAAGAUUUAACUCGAAGAGGUCUUGAAGAUCUGAAGGCAGGCCUUAUUGUUACUCCUUUACCAGCCAAAGUUACAUUCCUCGAUGAUCCCCUGAGGGUUCUUCGAGCAAUCCGAUUUGCUGCUAGAUUCAGCUUUACAUUAGCUGAAAAUUUAAGGGAAGCCGCUUCUGAUGAAAAAGUGAAGUUGAAUCUUGGCAGCAAGAUUAGCAGAGAACGUAUUGGUCAGGAGGUUGAGCACAUGAUGUCAGACAAAUAUCCGGUUGAUGCAAUGUGCCAUAUCCGUGAUUUGGGAUUAUUUUACGUUGUUUUUGCAUUUCCUGAGAAAACAGUUCCUCCAGUUCUCAACAAACAUGAUUGGCUAUGUGUUUCACAUAUUGAAGCAGCAUGGAAUCUUGCACAAUCAAUUGGCUGCUCUGUUUUCAGAGGUGGUUCUGGUUCAAUGUCGCAGGAUGAACAGAGAAGACUUUGCAUGUAUAGUGCACUAUUUACUCCAGUUCGAAAUAUGGUGUACACGAAGAAAAAGGAGGUUGUUCGCUAUAUUAUUGGAAACUCUCUAAAGUUGAAUGGUUCUGAUGCUGAAGCGAUUGUCCGAAUACAUGCUGCAAGUGACAAGUUUGCCGAUUUAAUUAUUUUCCUCGAGUCAAACGGAAAUCUGGAAACUGUCAAAGAGAACCCGAACGACAAAUAUCUUGAGAUACCAACAGACAUGGUAGCACGUGUUUUGGCAGGACUUACACUCCUUGGAAUAAAGGACCUUUGGCGUCUGGCGCUGUUGAUAUCCACUCUGUCAUAUCCAGAAGUCCUCAGUGCUAAUGGUUCCUUAAGCCAGCAGGAUAAGCUAAAUAGAAGGAAAGAGAUAUAUAUCAGAGUUGAGCGUUUAAUAACCGACCUCGAUCUUGAAGGUGUAUGGAAGAUAGGUAUAAAACCGCUGCUCGAUGGGAACGACAUUAUGGGAGUUUUGGACAUCGGAGAAGGUCCCUUGGUUAAAGAAUGGAAAGAAAGGCUAGUGAAGUGGCAGCUUGCGCAUCCCAAAGGUACCGCGGAGGAGUGCCAUGAGUGGAUGAAGCAGUCCAAACUUCAGAAAAAAGAAAUGUAGGAUGCAACACCUGAGAAACGUUCACAUUGUGAGCAUAGACAGUCCGGGAUUUAGAUAGGCCACAAACUCCACUGGAUGAUACGUGUUAUUAGUCUUGGUGCUUAACAGGCCUUGAUCUUGACUGUCUUGUCAGCUAGCCGGUAGUUGAUUGCUGAGCAAAUUUUACCAAACAUGAUGUUUAUACUCAGUCUAUAUUUAAAGUGGAUUUCGAGGCUGUUUUGUUAGGUAUUCUAAACUUCAGGGGAACAAUUAACCGGCUUUGAAGUUUAGGGGUGAUAUUGUCGAUUUAUGGUGGGCAUGUGCUCUUCUUUCUCUAUAAGUUCAGAAAGAA